GAGCUGCGAGAGAGGUUUUUCAGUGCACAUUGGCUUCUUUUGAAGUGCUGUCAUCAUUUUCAGACAAGAUGAAGCUCCUUCGAUCUCAUAUUUUCGCAAUCUAUAUGAUUGUGGCUUCUAUAAUCACCAUGUCAAAGGGCACGCCCAGCAUGCCCGCCAUCAAGAAGGAAUCUCUUUACCUUGCGGGAUACUCAGCGAAGCUGUUCGAACGGAAUGUGGGGUGCGUCAAAACACGACACUUGAGCGAAAAAGACGGCUGGGUGAAAAGGAGUCUGAUAUACGUGUUUACCUUUGACGAAAGACCUUGGGAAACCCGGAACGAAGCUUUUGAUGUAAAGUGGGAACCAUAUUCUGCACGGCUGAGUCUGAGGGCUUCAGAUUAUUUAAGAAAUAACUUGUAUGUGAAGCCGGAGUACGUGAUACGGACAUACGACGAUCACUCUUUACUUCUAUCUGAGCUGAAAGAGGUACCGUCGAAAUGCUCACUCUGGGUGACAAAAAAAGACCGUUUCGAGAGAAUCCCAGAAAUGGUGAACAAAACAUUUACCACGAUCUGCCCGGAUCCCGUGUUCGUUCCAUUUAACCCGAAAUGUUUUUAG